AUGGAGGAGAGGGAUAUGGUUCAAGCGUAUAUCACUGCUGGAUUCAUGACGGAUGACACGGAUUUGGAUUCGAGGCCGAAAGUUAAUGCAACACCGGAGGAGAGAGCUCGAGCACUUCUUCCUUUACACCUAGCACUGCAAACCAUGUUAGAGAUAAAACGACACCUCACGCUGCCCGAGCAUAUUCUCAUGACGAUGACGAGGUCAGUCAUUAACAAAUACUGUUCCAAUCCAAUUCUUGAUAUUACAAAAGUGCAUUACGAAACCACAGUACCACUGAUUCAUGUUCAGCCGGAUCUGCUUCAAAAAUUCCCAGAUCUGUGGACAAAUGAAACGCUAUAUUUGCAAGGCAGUUGUGUAGUGGCUUCAACUCUCGCGCAUUUCACUCGUGAUCUUAAGUUGCCCUAUCUAGAAAAAAAGACACGCUGUCUUGGGAAGGAAGCGCAAGAAAAUGAGGAUCGCGUUCUCAAAUACAUCUUCCGUAUACCGCGAUAUGUGACGCUUCCAGAACACGAGGCCAGUUACAGACUGAUACUCUCGGAUGACCCAGAGUUGAUGGCAGUGUCGGAUAUAGAGGGCGACUGCGAGAAUCUUGCAGGGCGUAUUAUUGAGGUUUGAAU